AUGUCAAGAGUUCAUAGUAAAGAAAAAGAAGACAAGAAACCAUUGGAAUGUUCCAUAUGCGGCAAGAAUUUCCCCAGGCUGUCUCACCUUCAACGUCACCAGCUGAUCCACAUUAAAGAACGUGAAUGGGGAUGCCCGUUUUGUGAACAGAGUUUCGUUCAGAAGCCCCACUUGAUGCGCCAUAUUGGACGCUGCCAUGCGUCACAGUAUCGGGACGGAUUACAGGAAAAGGUUGCUGCCAACAAAUGGAGAACUGAAGCCAAACCGAUAGAUGUGGAGGUGCCCAAAAAAUUCGACACAAACACUCCAUCUGUACAGCAAUGUAGCGAUCUUAUUCCACGAAUGCUCUGUGUCCGCUGCGGUUCAACGUUUGACAAUCGAACGGACCUCGAUCGCCAUGUUACGAACACCCACCGUUCACUGAAGUGCAAACAUUGUGGUGAGAUCUUUGAUGGAUAUGCGAGUCUCAGAUCGCAUGAAUUGCGGCAACGUGCUCACUCGUAUGUCUGCUCAUGUGGCGCGUCGUUUUCACGACAGUCCGAAUUACGCGCUCACCGAGAUUCAUGUCGCAAACGAGGUUCAUUCUUAUGUGUUGCAUGCGAACGGUUGUUCACUCAGCGUGUG